AUGACAAUGCUUCCAUUGUUUGACGCGAGCAUAGAGAAUGUCCUCCUCUCUUCCGUGUCGCGCUAUGCCCUGGAUGCCCUAAUCGAUCCAUCCCAGCGGCGGCGGCAGCGCGAGGCGGAGCGGCGGUGGAUCCUCGAUCGGCAGCAGCAGCAGCAGGGCCAAGAUCGCGAGGUCAGGUAUGCGGAUCAGGCAGUGCUCGCGAAUCUUGGCUGGGGUAUCGACGCGCUCGAGGAGGCGAUCCAGACCGGCAAUGUGGAGACGAAGAUCGCUCGGCUGGAUUACGCCGAGAAGAUGCUCCAGGUGUGCGCGCUGCUGGAUCGGGGGAGUGAUACGGCGGGGAUCUCCAAUGCCUAUCUCGCUGCCUCGGCUCACAUGAAUCUGGCGCUGGUGUGGAAGCUGCGGAGCGACGAUCGCAGGGCCGCCGAGAAUCUCCUGGAGAUGUUCAUCGCCGAGCCUUUCCAGUCGAGAGUGGAUUUUGCUCCGGGGCUGUGGGAAGCGCUGUUCCAGCGGCAUUUGACAGGGAUCUCGAGCUGGUACUCUGAGCAGCGAGCGAAGCUACUCGCUGCUCCAUCAUCUCAGGAUCACGCAACACUUGGUCAUGGUGGUGACUAUAGUGUGGAUUUUCCUUCAUACUCCAGGGACGAUUUCUUUGCGGUUUCUACCGAUGAAGUGGCUCUCAACAAUCUCCUUUCGGCGGUUACUCCUGAGCAAGCAGCUCAACUCCAGGUGCUCGAGGAGCUCUACCAGAACACGCUGGACGAUCACACCCGACAAUAUGCCAAGUUCUACAGGGAUUGUUUGAGGCUUCCGUCGUCACAGCUCAAGGUGGUCAAGCCUUUGCUGCCGACUGCUGAGCCGCCGGCAACGGACGAAGUCUUCCAGCCUUUGAAAGCUCAGCUGGAAGUGAUUCAGGAGCAUGAGAGCGACGAAGAGAGGGAUGGAGACAAUGAAUUAGUGAACGACACGGAAACGCAAUUGUCGUUUUCGCGGCAAAUCAAAGAUCACAAGAGCUCUGAAGACAAGAAACAGCCAGCAAGCGCGACUUCUUCAAAUGGAGCUUCACUUUCGCGCUCUUCCUCGUUUGACAAGAUGAGUGAAAGGUCGCACGAGCAUGCGCAUCCUAUGUCAAGAUCUUCUUCAAUCAGUGCUGAGUUUUCAAGACCAGGGGCUCAACAGAAAACGUCUCGAUCAUGUUCCUUUAAUCGGAGCGAACUGGAUACGAGUGAGCGCUCACUAGAGCGAAGGUCCUCGUUGAAUCACGUCGAGCACUUGAAUUCUAUCUCCAGAGACGGUGAUAUUUACGAUGAAGAAAGGUCUGUGACGUCUGAAACGGAUGCGUAUGAAAGACGCAUGGUCAGGCCUCCGAAAGACUUUGUCUGCCCCAUCACGAACCAGCUCUUCGAUGAUCCAGUGACACUUGAGACAGGACAGACUUACGAACGAACAGCCAUACGGGAAUGGCUGGAAAGAGGGAACACAACUUGUCCCAUCACCCGGCAGCUCUUAAAAAAUAGAGCUCUUCCAAGUACCAACUACGUGCUGAAGCGGCUGGUGGAAAACUGGAAGGAAAUACACGGUGCCGGCAAUUCUAUGGAGUCCUUUUACGACGAGAACCAAGAGCUCUGGCAAGAUUUGGAAAAUGAGGAUGCGUUGCUACGUUCUUCUCCGAGCAGUGUCAUCAGCUCAAGCUCCAGGCAAAGUCAAGCGCACAAGAAACAUAUGAAGGGUGACGCAUCCGCUGUUGAAGGCUUCAUGCACGAGCUAAAACCCGCGGUGGAGCGUUUGUGCGUGUCCGAGGAUUUGCAAGAAUGCGAGCAGGCCGUCAUGACCAUCGCAGCAGUCUGGGAAAAGUGUUGCGGUGACUUUAGAGUCGAGGCCAGCCUGACCAAAGCCAGCGUGAUCGAGGGACUCGUAGAGGUGCUGUCGGUUUCAGUAGCGCAGGAAGUGCAAGUUGCUGCAGCUCGGAUUCUCUCGGCACUGGUUGCAAGCGAUGAAUUUACGAGGCACACCAUCGUCAGAGCGGACCCAGAACUCGAGUCGAUUGUGAGGCUCUUGAAGAACGAAGUGGCUCAAGGAGCUGUUCUUCUUCAUCAGUUGAAACUCUCGGCGAACGAGAUGAACGCUCUAGACAUUGUAGCAGACCUGGUGAAAAUCCUAAGGAAAGGAUUGGAUGGUGUACAAGGACAGGGUGACAAACUUUGUAGUCCAAAGGCUGCCGCAGUUGGCUUACUCCAGCAACUGGUAUCAACAAGUCCCGAGAGGCCUCAUUCAAGUGCUCAUUUGCUACUGGCUCUGGAAGCAGUCCCCAUUCUGAUAGAGAAUCUCAAAGCAAAGGACAUCGACGAGAGGCUGUCCACCAUCUCAGUCCUGCUUUGCUGCAUGGAAGCAGACGGCCGGUGCAGGAACUUGAUAUCCAGGACUGCACAGUUGGGACCUGUUGUGGAAAUCCUUGUUAGAGGCUCUGGUUCCGCUCGGGAGCUGGCUACAUUCUUCUUCUUGGAGCUUGCUCACUCAAACAGGAGAGAGACCAACAACAAGGUGCUUACAACUGUGAAGAACGAGGGGAUCCUUUCCACGAUGCAUGUUCUCUUUGUUGCUUGUCAAAAGGCGCCUAUUGAGCAUAAGCAUACGAUUGCAGUGCUUAUGCUUCAGCUUGAGAUUCUGGGCCAGCGACGACAGCAAAGUAUUUACAAAGAGGAAGCUUUGGAUGCAAUUGUAGCUGCACUGAGCAGAGAGUCACCAUUUGAUUGCCAAGUUGAAACAGCUGAAGCAUUGGUGGCAUUAGUGGGAAGAUUUUCGUAUGCGGGUACGCCUCUAACAGAAGCCUGGCUGCUCAAGUUAGCUGGUCUAGAGCAGCCUUAUGAACUUCUUACGAACGAGGAUCCUCAACAGGAACGCGAGGCUGCAGAAGAAAAGGCUGCAAAUCUGUGGGAACUGAAUGCGGCUAGAGUGUUCCUUGAAUUCGAAGGAGGGGCAAUUCUGGAGGCUCUCGGAGCUAUGUUGCAAAGCAAAAACCUCGAGUUAUGGAAGCCGUGCAUGAUAUUUGCAGUCUGGUUGAGUUUCGUGGUGAAAAAGCUGCCUAGCUCAGGUCUCCGGCCAUAUUUUCGUCGAUAUUUUCUGGCACCUUUUGUGGUAGCACUGGAAUCUGCGAAAAAUGUCCAACAAAAAGUAUUGGCUGCGUUGGGACUACACACAUUCCUCGACGAUCCAGAAAGUAUGCAAGAGCUUAUUGGCUACGCUAAGGAUGUGGUCAAGCCAUUGAGGCAACUGAAGAAGGUGACAUGGAUUGCACAGGAGUUUAGUGAAGCUUUUAUCAAGUGUACGUCGUUGAAUCCAAUGGAGCUCUGGCAACAUUCUGAAGUUGGUCAAUUGGAUGUCACUCGAAGCGGGGAGGUUCGAUGCCUCGCACGAAGUAAAGGAAGGCUUUUCAGCGGACACUCCGACGGCAGCAUUCAGGUCUGGGAAACAAAGAAAAAGGUGCCAACUUUGCUUCUGGUACUUACUGACCAUAGCAAGGCCGUGACGAGCCUGGCCUUGUCGUCGUCUUCAAACCGGCUGUAUAGUGCCUCGCUCGACAGGACUGUUCGGGUGUGGGCAAUCUCACCGGAGAGUGUUCUCUGCAUGAAUGUGUUGGACUUCAAGGAAGCCGUCGGUGCACUGGCCAUCAGUGGAUCUACAAUAGUGACCGCAACAGCUCAAGGCAAUGGAAUCAAGGUACAAGCUGAAACUAACUCGUCGAAGCAACUCAAUUCUGGCAAGCACGUCCAAUGUCUUGCUGUUUCAAAUGGAAAUGUCUAUUGUGGAUGCACCGAUACGAGCAUCCAGGAAGUUGAUCUAGAGGAAAAUUCUGUUGUGACCAUCCAGCCAGGAACGCGAUCUCUACUGGGAAAGAAGCCAGUCUACGCUAUACAAAUUUUCAAGAGCGAGAUUUUCUCUGCUGGAGCUGUUGUGGAAGGAGCAGCAGUCAAGGUAUGGGAUCAAACCGACUACUCUUUGAAGCGAUCUCUUCCCACAAACUUGGAGAUUCGAUCCAUAGCAGUGCACGACGAUUUCCUGUACCUCGGAUCGUCGUCGGGAAUCAUCGAGGUUUGGCUGAGGGAGAGAAACACUAGAGUCUCGGUGCUUAACAUUGGCAGCAAAGUUAACGCACUCUUGCCGGACGGAGAUGUUGUCUACAGCGCGUCAGAGGAUGGAAAGAUAAGAAUCAUCUCGUUUUGAUAGACGUCCAAAGUUUUAACUCAGAGCUUGGAUUGAGAAAACAAAUUGGUCUAAUUCCAAACAUUGUUUUCAUCAUUAUGGAAGAA